AUAGAUCCAGGCGUUCUUGAUGAAUCAAACGAUAGCGAUGAAAGAAUUUUGACUUCCGUUAUAUAGCAUAAUGAAAUGCUCUUGUAGAAAAUUCUGUAUUCCUGAAGAGAGACAAGUAUUAAGAAGAGAAACUACACGUUCUGUACUAACAAUAUACAGAAAAUAGGGACAUGUCUGCAAGGAUCUUAUUUUACUGCCAUCUAUUUGUCGUCUCGAACGGAAUCAAAGAUACUCAGUCGCAACAGGUAAAUGACGUCAUUGACACCCCCGCGUUUUUAACCGGAGAUGUCGUCAUUGGAGGUCUUUUCCACAUCUUUAACACCAAACAGCCCGAUCGAUGUGACCUGGAUUUGGACAUGUACUCUGUGAUGGAGAUGGAAGCAGUUAAAUGGUCUCUGAUGCGACUGAAUGAGGUUAACUUCAUCCCUGGGGUUCGAUUAGGACUUCUGGCUUACCCGACAUGCGGAAUACCUAGCAUUGCUGCUCUGCAAAGCAACAAGUUUCUCCAGCUUUUACGAGAACAUAGAGCGUCAAAUAAAACCAACAAACCGGUCUAUAUUAAAGCUGUACUAGGUCCAACCUUUAGCUCCGAGUCUGCAGUUGUAUCCCGGAUACUGAGCAGUGUCCCUGACGACUACAAGCUCCUACAAGUCUCUUACUCCUCCACGGCCGCGUUCCUGACCAAUAAAACGAAUGCCGAAACAUUCCUCAACUUCUUCCGGACGAUACCAUCCGACAAAAUCCAAACGCAGACUAUGUUGGAUUUGCUGGUUGACCUGGGUUGGACGUAUAUUGGAUUAAUUCACUCGGGUGACGCGUACGGUAAUGACGCAGCCCGUGAACUGAGUGACGCCCUGGCAGAGAGACGCAUUUGUAUUGCAGCUGUUUAUCAAUGUGACAGUGACAUUUCAAGGGCCCGUUUCCAUGAAAUUCUGUACAAUAUAACUGCACUUAGAAUCAAGGGCAUCGUUUUUAUCGGAGCUGUUUCAAUGGUUCGCUCUUUCAUUGAUAGCAUUGAACGUAUUUCAUUUUCUCAAUACUCUGUUCCCUCUAUCAUUUUUUCGGAGAGCCUAGGCUUGCAGUCUGAGAUUUUCUUUAAUUCCGAAUCGAAGGAAAUCUACCCGGCGGCAAAAGGAUCAUUUGCCAUGUCGCCCCCUCACAAAGAAAUGUCCGAAUUUUCGGAGUACUGGAAUACAAUGUUUGCUAAUAUGAGCAAGAACCAAGAUGAUACGCAAAUAAACCCUUGGUUGCAACAAUUCAUGAAAUUACAAUUGGGAUACAACAAAUUGAAUGUUGACAAUCUGUUAACGAAAUACCCAUCGUCGACGUUUGUUAAAUAUGCCAUAAUGGCGACUUACAGUGUUGCCAAAACAAUCAAGGACGUACAUCAGAAGGUUUGCCGUGGGAUCAGUGGAUUAUGCUCAGAAAUGAAGGAAAAUAGAUUAUCCGAGUAUAUAGAGCAAGCCAGACGAACUGCUGUGGAUUUUGAGAAAGAUUUUCCACAGAAAGCUAAGCUUAGAAAUCUUACCGAAAGGGUUUCUUUCACUAAAGAAGGUGAUAUUCAAUUUAAAAACUCCGGGUUGAUGUACGAAGUUUACAACUACCAGAGCCCAUCAAACGACACAAACUUUGAGUUUGUUAAUGUAGGUUCUCUGAAAAAGCCAGAAACACCGGCAGAAGGCGGGAAACCAAAAUUUACUUUACUGAAACCAAGGGUAAAAUUCUACGACAACAUGGGUAGGAUCACCAAUACAGUCAAAUCAAUUUGUCAACCGAACACGACUUGCACGAUAUGUCUUCAAAACCACGAGUCCGAGACAUAUCUGUAUGACCCCGGUGACGUCAUUGUGGUCGUCACGUUCCCCAUUCACAAUCGAGGAAGUGAGCCCUUACACUGUGGUCCAGUUAGGCGAAGGAUUGGUCUCGAUGUCGCACUAGGGGCAAAGUUUGCAAUCGACAAGAUAAACGAAAACAGUGAUAUUUUUCCAAACCAAAAAGUUGGUCUUCUCCUCCUGGACACCUGUGAUGAUCCAUUGAUAACUUCCGAUAUUAUUCUAGAGCUCCAGCUACACGGGCAGAUUAACAAUCGCAUACCUAAUAUUUCCGACAAGAUUUUAGGGUAUGCUGGUGGAUUUUCUAGUAGUCCAACUCUACAGGUGGCGGACAUCACAACAGAAUUGAAAACUGUUCAGGUUAGCUGUUGUGCUACGUCUGACUUGCUCAGCGACCGUUUGAACUACCCGUAUUAUCUGGGCUUGGCGACUCCAUUAAACUACACAACUCGAGUCAUGCUCCAAAUGGUGAACAAACUGGGCUCCAACAACGUCCAAGUACUGUUUAGUGAUGGGAAGUAUGGCGAAUCUGCGGUGAAACUGAUUUUGAGCUUGGCUCCUAGUUUCAAUAUCUGUGUUGCGCAGACUGUUCGAGUUUAUGGAAGUGAUGUUAGCAAUGAUAUCAGCAGUGUAGUGGCAAGUCUACACAGAUUUCCUGGCGCCCGACAAGUACUCGUUUACAUUGCUUCACCACUGAUGCCAAAAGUCGCAAGAGCGAUCAACAGUAUAAAUGAACAUCGUCGAUUUCUAUUCAUCGGGGAAAAUUGUUUUUACCACAGAGACUAUAUGUUGAAAUAUCCGAAUCUGCACGGAUCCCUUAUCGUCGCAGAACAACCUAUUCCCCAAAGUGACGAGUAUAAAACAUAUCUUAGAAAGUUCGAUCCGGCGUCUGUAGAAUUGCCUACAAGUCUGCUUUAUUUCAUGCAAGAAAACUUGAACUGUUACUACGAAUUUAGCUUUAGAAAAGAAUUCCCCCAAAAAUGUAACCGUGAAUUACUACGUAAAUUUCCUGAACAUUUAGACAAGUGGACACCAUAUUUGAUAAAGUCAAUAACAGCGUUGAUUAAGGGUGCUUACCAAGCCUUAAAGAGUAUGUGCAAAGAUGAAACUAUUUGUUCGGAGUAUAGGAAUUCUCCUGAACACGUGGUAGAAUUCGUGAGAAAUGUGACUUUGGACAUCGAUGGCGAUGACCGGGAUGAUCAGUUGUUUGACUCGAACGGAAAUGGCGUCCUUGGGCUCAAAAUAUACAUCAUAGAAGAAAAAGACUUUGUUGAGAUUGGACAUUGGCAUCAUGGCGAUGCUGAGCCAUAUUUCGAAAGAAAAAGAAUCCAAGUAUAUCCUUCUAACUCUUCUUGUGGCGAUGUAUCAGUGACGUCAUCGACGCACAGUGAAACUGAGGCGGACACAUCAGGAAUAGUUAAACUCGUCAAAACAGUUCUCUUGUCCGUCUUUGCUGGAGCAAUCGUUAUCCUUUUGUUGGCGUUCCUCUGCAUAUGGCGGAGACAAACAUACAUAAUGUCGUCUAUGUCUUCGGAUACGUCGACGAAAUCAGAAUACAACUCCAUUGACGAUUUCAGCAUCAUCAACAUGAAGCGAAUUAAUUCGGAAAUUUCACUAAGACUUGGCGAUUUCUUUCGUAGCGACUCGCCUUGCGGAACACCCAAAUCCACUCGGUCUACUGGAGAUAUCACGGAGAACAGCAACCAAGUGAGGAAUGAAAGAGUAAAGAAUUCGCCGUCAGUUCCUCCGCGGAGGAAUAUGCCGGGCCUGCCCACGCACUUGUCAACUCACAUACCUCGACACCCCAGGCUAAGAAGCGAACCUGUGAUAAAACUGUCCUUUUCACCGAAUACUGCACGACGUCUAAACUCGGAACCAUUUCCCAAAAUGCAUAGAGGACGCGCCGAUUCCAUAGGAAUGCCAUACAUCCUAGCGCCAAAAUCCAGACGUUUACAAUCAGAGCCUAACUUACCUUCGCCAAAUUUCAGCAGACUGUUGUUCAAUAAUGCAAUCAGAAGGGAAAGUGUACAGGAUAACGGUUACAUCUUCCCAAUACACGAACCUCGGGACCAGCAACAGACAGAAACUAUGGAAAUAGCUGAUAGCGUACUAGAGACAGAAGAAGGUAUAUCCACACAACAGACAGAUAUAGCUGAUAGAGCACGCCAGAUAGAAGAAGAUGAUGCCACACAACAGGGGGGAGAAGCCUGUGGAGGGCCAGUCCAUUUUGUGUUGGGGAAUCCCAGAGACAAAUUGCAUGGUUACUCCUGCUAGAACUAUCACCGUUAGAAAAAUAUACCAUAGUACAUGUACUUACAUGUAUCAGUAAAAUAUUAAUAAGAACAUUUGUGUUAGUUAAGAACGUACACGGGUGGUAAAAUUCAAAAAGAAGUUUAGGGAAUGUAGUAUCCGAGAACUUGAGACCAACCAGAAAGACUUGCAGGGUAUUGUACAUGUACUACUAUUUCUUUCGAAAUGGUUUGAAUUUCCGUUUCUGUGCCUGCAUUCUUUCUUUAUUAGAAAACUAUGAGUAUAGCAAUAAAUGCAGAAAAAAUUUACAUCUCCUCCCGCCGCAUUUGAAUUUUUUCUGCAAUGCCCGCAACAGAUAUUUAUACCCGUAGGAAUCACCCAAAAAAACAUUUUAUCAUUGAAAUGAAUCACUCUUAACCUUUCAAAAGAGAAUAGGACUUCACAGAUUUGAAGACGUGACCAUGCAAGUUAAAACCCUGUGAUUGCUAUUUAUUUCUUGUACUGCGUAGAUGUGACCUAUGCAGUUAAUCAGUACUGUUUUUCUUGAUUAAUAGGGAUAGCCUACUGGUACUUAGUUAUCAGUCAUUUAUAUAUAGUGUAAAAUAAUAUGUUUGUAAAACUAAUUUAAAAUUAAAGUUUCAUUAAAGCAAUCGAGAAAUUC